CACCAAGCCCUGCACGGCCUGAUUGGAAACCCGUUGUCUCUCUCGCUGUGGUGUCGUUUUCGGGGAAGUCAAUAUUGGAAAUUUCUGAGAAAUUCAACGUUUCCCCUGGCGCUUAAAAGAGUUUUACGUCCAAGUAUCUUCGAGAAAUUCAUAAGGACGAAAUCUACGAGCUAUGACGGACAGGACACUGGUUUUUAUAUCGCAGUAAAAUUGCGAACAUCCUCUCCACAUCGGUUGAGAAAAUUGGGCACUGUGUCUUUGCCGGAAGACUUGAGGGUGAAGGAUGUCGUCUGUUCACUACAAGUUCAAGAGCAGCAUCGAGUAUGACACGGUGACCUUCGAUGGACUCCACAUCUCACUGGCAGAUCUGAAAAAGGCCAUUUGCACCCAGAAGAAAAUAACCAGGGCAGAGUUUGAUCUCCAGAUUACCAAUGCACAGACUGGGGAAGAAUAUAGUAACAAUGACGCCCUGAUCCCUAAAAAUGCAUCUGUGGUGAUUGUGAGAGUUCCCAUCGGUGGAGUCCGAGCCAACAUCGUUGGGGAGCCACCGAGGAUGGACAGCCAACAGAAACCAGGUGAAGAUGCUUCUAGAAUGACCAUUGAACAACUUAAGAAGACAUCAGACCUUGCCAAUGCAAAUGCCUCGGAAGAUGACAAAAUCCGGGCUGCUUUGUUCCAAUCAAGUCACGAGUACGAUCCCUCCAAAUAUGAGCGGUAUGGUGGAAGGUACGGUGGAGGUGGUAACAUCCGUCCUGGACAGACCUACACCUGUCACAGGUGUUUGAAACCGGGACACUUCAUUCGUGACUGUCCCCAAAGAGGACCGGAACCAGUUCGGCCAUCCUACAACCAAUACCGCUAUCCCAGGGUCAGCGCAGGAAUACCCCGAGAGUUUAUGACCACCGUCAACGACCCAUCGAUUAAAGGAGCCAAGCUCACCAGCUCGGGCCACUAUGCCGUGCCUACAAUAGACCACAAUGCCUACCAGACCAUCAAGAAGGAGAAGCACCCGUUCCUGAAGAGCAACUCGCCCGAGCCCGAGGAGGAGAAGAUUGAGAUCCCGGCCCAGCUUCUGUGUCCGCUGUGCAAAAAUCUCAUGACGGACUCGGUGCUCAUCCCAUGCUGCGGCAACAGCUUCUGCGAUGAGUGCAUCAGAGAUUAUCUCCUUGAGACGGACGACCACCAGUGCCCAAUAUGCGAGGAAACAGACGUCUCCCCAAACUCACUCUGCCCAAACAAAGUGCUCCGUCAGACUGCAUUGGACUUUCAACACGAGACUGGCUUCACCAAGAAGAUUGUGCCCAGGCAGGCCAGGCCCAGGCCCCCUCCUGCGGCGCCCGCCCAGCCGACUCCAGCUCCAACACCAGCUCCGACACCAGCACCUCCCGUGACAAAGACAACCACGUCCCAGGCCCAGCCCUCCCAAUCCUCGACAUCUUCAACGGCAACAUCAGUGACCAGCAGGCCAGAUCAGACAACUCAUCAGGUCCCAGUCCUCAAUGUCAACAAGGACAGGAGGACGUACGAGCCGAGGUAUAUCCAUCGCCCAAGUGCUCCCAGACCAGACUACCAGCCCAGGCACCAAAUGGACCAGCAGGGGCCCAGAUACCCGGGGGACAAUCGUGGGGGACCCCCUCCUGGACCCAGAUACCAAGGCCCACCCAGAUACCAAGGACCUCCUACAAGUCACCAGGGCCCACCUCGUGGACCCCCACCCAACUUCGGACCUCCAGGCCCACCGUCACAUGGACCCCCACCUCAACAAGCUCACCAAUAUCAAGGCCCAUCACCAAGAGGCCCUCCUCCAGGACUCCGACCUCCACAGCAGCUGCCCAACCAAGGACCUCCACCACUGAGACCCCCAUACCAAGGUCCCCCUCAUCAAGGACCUCCACCCAGAGGUCCUCCACCACAGCAAGGCCCGCCACCUCCUGGACCCCCUUACCAAGGUCCACCUCACCAGGAACCCCCCUACCAAGGACCUCCUCAGAGUCGUCCCCCGCCUCAGCUUCAAGGACAGCCACCGCUUAGUCAUCAAGGUCCAUCACCUCAAGGAUCUCGGCCACCCCUUGGCCCACCACCUGGACUGACAUCUCAACCAAACUACCCAAGGCCCCCUCCACAUCUGCCUCCUCCUAGAGGCCCCCCUCCACCUGUCCAGCAUCCUCCAACAAACCACGGACCCCCACCUAGAGGUCCCCCACCACCAAACUUGAACGCACCUCCCCAUCACCUGAAUGGACCGCCGGUGGGUGGCCCGCCACCUGCUAGACCACCAGUGCCACAUCCUCUUCAAGGAACUCCUUUUAUUGUUCCUGGACCGACUGGCCCACCACCUGCAGUCCCAGGACCACCACCUAUACCUGCUGGUCCUGUAAGCAGACCCCUGACUGAGAAAGAAUUUUAUGAGGAGAAAGAGAGACUGAUACAAGCUGAGCACAGGGAAGUGGUACCCAAGAAAUUGGACCCCAUGGACGAGUUUGCUAACCACCUGAAGGAGUACCAGCGCGACCAAAAGCUGCAACACGCAUCCUCCCGGUCCCGCAGUAGGUCUUCCGGCUCUAGUGGCAGCUCCUGGUCCAGCUCAUUGGGCUCCUCUUCCAGAUCAUCCUCACGCACCAGCUCACGGAGCCGGACCCGAACCCGGACUCGUUCUAGAUCCAGAUCUAGGACAAAGGCCAAGCGGCGAUCCAGGUCACGGUCAAGGUCGAGGUCAAGGUCACGACAUAAAACCUCCCGGCGAAGGUCCCGUUCCCGGUCCAGGGAGAAUCGUAGGCCCCCAUUGCGAAGAUCCCGUUCCCCACGUCGUAGGGAUCACUCUCCACGCCAGUCACGCUCCCCUAUCAGGAGGCGUCGGUCGCGAUCCCGCUCUUUUCCCAGGAUUCGGGCACCUCUCAGACCAAGACCAUUUUUGCGGAGAUCCAGAUCUCGAUCGCCUCCUCGCGCCUACUACCCAGCUCCAAGAUCACCUCGGUACAGAGAUCACUCGCCUUAUGCACGCUAUGAUCCUCGUUACGAUCAGAGAUAUGAGCCUCCCCCACCUCCAGCAAUGCAUCCUUACCCACCACCCCUCAUGCUUCCCCCACAUCCUGGUGACCCCUAUCCCCCUCGUUAUCCAGAAGAAAGGUUUCCUAGAUUUGAGCAGCCCUAUGGCCCAGAAUUUGAUGCAAGGCCUGACUUCAGACCCGAAUACCGGGCUGAAUUCAGACCCGAUAUUGGUCCAAGACCAGAAAUGAGACCAGACAUCAGACCGGACGUUAGGGAACCUGGUUAUCCCCCUGAGCAUGACGAACAAUACAACAUGUACAGAAACCAGUAUCCCAAUGAGUACCCUGACAGGCCCCCUCUUACCCCUGUGGAACCUCAAGAUGAACCAUUUGAUAGAGAAGUGUGGAACCAUCCCAAUCGUUCACCUUUCAGAGAGACCGAGGACAGACACAACCUAUCCAGUCGAGACCGAGAUAGGCACAGGAGAAGUGACAGAACGGGGUCAAGGGAUAAAGAUGUCCGGGACAAGGACAGGAACAAAGAGAAUGUUGAGAAACGAAAGAGCUCGGAGAAGGACCGAAGCCGAGAAAGGAGUAGGGACAGAGACAGAGGUGAACAGGACAGGGCAGAGGAGAGAGACGUCAAGGAAAAAUCUAAAGACAGGGAAAAAGAAAAGGAAAAAAGUAAAAGUAAAGACAAGGAUAAGGGACGAGAGCGAAAACAUUCAACCUCUAAACACAAACAUAAGCACAAGCACAAGGAGGACAAAUCAGAAACCUCCAAGACACAAGACAAAAAAGAUAUCAAGGACGAGAAAGGUGGUGGUGAAAACCCUGAAGAGGCCAAAGAGAAUGCAGACUCUGUCAAAAAAGCAAAAUCUCCCAAGCACAAGAAAACCAAGAAGAGCAAAAAAUCGGAAUCGGACUCGCAGAAUGCUGCAGGGGACGGUGAAGGGGCCAAGACCACAAAGGAGAAGAAGAGCAAAGACAAGGAGGAGAAGAAGAAAAAGAAACGCAAGCUUGCCUCCAGAUCUGAAACCGGUGCAGAGCAAACAUCUGCCUCAGAGGAAUCCAAGCCAAAGAAGGCCAAGCUGGACGGUGACGGUGAGCAAAUCAAAGCACCCAAGAAAUCCAAGAAGGAAGGCAAAAAGAGCAAGAGGACCAAGACAGCAAAGACUACAGACAAAGAUGUGCAAUCGGGACUGGAAGAGUCCAACAAGCCAGCCAUUAUUGCCAAUUACUCCAGCACCAGCUCCACUGGUGGGAGUCCUCUCCAUUCAGGGACAAGCAACUUAAAUGACCAUCUUGUUAAGCGGGAGAUCGAAGAAGAACCUGUCGAAGACCAACGUCGUGUUAUCCAGGUACACAGAACCUCAGCUGACCAGGCUGAAACGUCAGAGGAAAUCAAAGCAGAACUCCUCACCCCCAUCAUCUCGCAAGAGUCAGUCAAAGUCAAGGAUGAGCCCAUCAAAGUCAAAGAUGAGCCCGUCAAAGAUGAGCCUGUCAAAGUCAAAGAAGAGCCUGUCAAAGAGGAACCCAUGGAGACAGAGUCUGUUGAUACUACCGUGGCAAAGAUAAAAACCGAGACACUAAGCCCUCAGAAGGGCCAAGACACCAUCCAAGAUGCCGAAAGUAAGGUUGACACCACUCCUAAACUGGAAAGGAGUAUGAGCGUGCAAUCAGAGAGCGCCAACAGUGAGUUGAUAACUGUUGCAGUACCUGUAUCGCGUUGGGAUAAGGACGAGUACGAGUCUGAACCCUCACCUGGACCCUCUGCCGCACCAUCCCCAAAGACUCUGCUCAACAUGGAGCACAGUGAAGAGAACUUCGAGCCAGAUUACGAAGAGGAGCUUGAAGUCGACAAGGAAGAUGCGAAAACCAACAUCAGUGACAAGAAACCAGAAAGCCUGUCUGAGGACAGGAAAGCUCCCCCAAAAGAGAGAAGAUCCAGCUCAAGCAAAGACAGAAAAAGCAGAAGUCCUGAAAAGAAGAAAGAGAAGGACAACAGAGCAAGUCCACCAAGGAAAAGAAAGAUCAGCCCCAUAAGAGCACCAAGCCCUAAAGUAAAGGAGAGAAAGCACAGUCCUGCACCAGACAGGAAAAAGAGUCCAUCGAGAGAACGGAAGAAGAGUCCAAUAAGAGAACGAAAGAAGAGUCCUAUAAGAGAACGAAAGAAGAGUCCUAUAAGAGAACGGAAGAGCAGCCCAGGCAGAGACAGCCGCAUCAGCCCAGCCAGGGACAAACGGCGCUCGCCCGCCAGAACAAAUAGACCUUCAAGUCCCUCGAGAACAAGAAGGUCCAGUCCUGGCCGGAUUGUCCAGGGCCGAGAUAGAAGUCCCACCCAUCGAGAGAGAAGAGCAAGUCCGGUCAGAGAAAGACGACAAAUCAGCCCUAUCCGAGAGCGAAGGCCCAGUCCCGGGAGAGGAAGACAUACCAGCCCCAUCCGAGACAGACGCCACAGCCCUGUUCGAGAGAGAAGACGCAGCCCAGCAAGAGAGACACACAGCAGGGACAGACGGAUCGUCAGCCCCAGGCGAGAACGAGUCCGGAGUCCCGUCAGAGAUCGGAGGGGUAGCCCCGUCCGGGAGCGGCCCGCCAGCCCGCCCAGGGAGAGGAAACCGAGCCCCGAGCGGCGACAGAGAAGAGUCAGUCCUGCCAAGGAGAAGCUGGAGUCCAGGAAGCGCAAGAGCCCCAGUCGCAGCACCAGCCCCAGCAGCAGCAGUAGCAGCAGUGAGGAAGAGGAGGAAGAUGAGACCAGCAGCAGUUCCAGUGAGGAGAGCAGCCCCAGCCGCAGCCCCAGCAAGGAGAGGAGCUCCAAGAAGAAACGCAGCAAGCGACACCACAAGAAACAUCAUAAGAAGCACAAGAAGACCAGCAAGAAGGUUAAGAAGAACACCUCCCACAAGCACAAACACAAGAAGGCCAAAAAGAAGAAGAGUAGGCAUAAGGACUAAAGGCAGUGUGUACUCUGACCAGAUUGUUAAGAGAGAAUGCGAAAUUAAUCAGCAGAAAUUUGAGGUUUUCCUCAAGGUUUUACAAGGUUUUUCAGGGAACCUCGGGGUUCGACCUGGAGUAACCACUUGUUUGAUUUUGCAUUCUCGCCUUACAUGUGCGAUAAUCCCAAACAAAACAAAUUUUCGAAGUGUGAAGUGAAGUUUAAAAAAAGAUGGCAUUGCAUGCUCCACUAAAAAAAUCACUAAAAAAAUUGUAGAAUUAGUUAGAAACUUGGGUGCAGAAUCAUGAUUUGGAAUACAGUGGUAUUAAAAUACAGAUUAAAGAAAGCUUGGAUUUGUGACAAUCCACAUAGCCUAUUUGUAAAACGCAAUUAGAAAAAAAAAAUCCUAUUUUCUUAGUGUCCUUUUAAUGUCUCAUCACAAAAAAGAGUGAAAACAAAUUAAAAACUCAUUUAUUUCUUUGCACAUAUGAUAGGAAUUCAUUCAGAAAACUUUGUGAAAAUCACUUUGAGCAGAGCCAAAAGAAGAAACGUAUAGCAACGAUACGGUGCUUAUGUUUGUUUUUGCACAUGCCAUUACCCAAGCAUAUCUAAAGGCGCCCAAGAAGUCAUCAAUAUGAACAAAUGAAUCACAAACUUAAGAAUUCCAAGUUAAUCACAGCCACAUGCAGGGCAUUAGUUAGGGGCAAGUAAAAAGAUGGGCAAAGAGAAUUGGACUCUUUUUACAAACUUGAUGUUAAAAGAAUGCUAUGGCAGAUGAACAGAUUAUUUUUACUUUAUUAUUGCUUUAUUACUGCAGUUGGCACGUAAGUUUUUGUUUUGUUUAUAUUUUGUGGAAAGUGUAUACUCACGUUCAGAAUGAACAGUAUAUUGGCCUGAAAGUCUUGAGUGAUAAUGCCUCACAUUUGUAAAAGAUGCGUUGCUUCUAAUUUUCAGAAAAAUACUUGACAUAAAUAUUUUGAAAUGUUUCCAUGUGACUAAUUUCUUGAUAAUUUCUACAACCAGAAUUUUGCUCAAAAGAAUUCAGUUUCCUCAUGUAAAAUGUGCAACCUUAUACUCAGAAG